AUUCCAGCAGGAAGAACAAUAUUAUUGAAGAACUUUAAUGUUUUGAGAUAUAAUGAUGAAACAAAGAAGCAAGAUAGUUUUCCUGUUGCUGUGUAUGUGAACCUAGACACAGGAGAUGACAUGAAAGUUUUUAACACAAAGCUUCAAACGGUAGUGAGAGAACAACUGACUGCGGAAGGACAUCCAUUACCUUCAGAAGUUACCAUAGCAUAUAAUUUUGAAACAAACUCAAUAGAUUUUAAAGUCAUCUCUGCAAAGAAGUCAGGUUUUACAUUUAAUGAAGCAGAUGUAUAUUCGAAUGAAAACUUCAAAGCUAUUGCAUGGUUAGAUAAUGACGAUUGCUUUAAGAAAAUAUUUAAAUUCAGUGACUCAACGAUGUCAAUAGAUGACCUUCGUGGAAUGUUACCAUCGACGUUUACAGUUGAAGGUUCAGCAGGAUUGCUUACAAGAUUGUCAAUUGGUGGUAUUUGGUCUCGUGAGAACAUUGUUAUAAAAUCCAGUAUAAGUGAAUUUGCUGAAGAAUCUAUAUUAUGUCUUUCAAACUACAUGUAUUCGCCACCGAAGCAUUAUAGUAUAACAAACUUUGUCAGUAAGUUUAACAUAAGACUUGUCGAACCUUCUUCAAUGAAAGAUGUUGUGCUACCUAAAGAUGGAAAGGAUGGACUCAUUAUUGAGAUGAUUUUAAUAGCAUAUUAA